AUGUGUGCGCAGCAGACAUGCAAUGAAAAUAGAAACAGCAACGAUGAUAGAUUUGAUGUAAAGUCUUUCCGGUCAAAAAUAUUGUCUAGAAAGGGAAGAGGCCUUGUAGACGAAAGAUGGCUGGAGGCACACGUGGUGGAAAGCGCUGAAGUGCUUGUUUUGGACGAGAAUCAGCUAAGCCUGCUUCCGCCGGGGGCGCUGAGGAAGUAUUUUCCCAGGCUAAAAAUUCUAAGCUUGAGGGGGUGCAGCCUGGAAAGGCUGAGCAUUGAGGCAAUUUCGCACCCGACUCUGGAAAUCAUAGAUGUUGAAGGAAAUGUGGGCCUGACGUCCUUGUCGGUGUGGGAGGGAAGCCCCAAGGAGGGCGCGGCGCUGGAGGGGCUGCCUUCUCUGCAGGUGCUGAAUCUUCUGGGCACAAGCAUCAUGCACAUUGACCCAGGCUUUUUCGAGUACACGCAAAACCUUCGCCGGCUGAACAUGCACGUGGAAAGCGUGUGCGGCGGGUGCGGGUUUGGGUUUCUGGGCAUGCUCGAGUUUUUGGAGUGCCUGAAGUUCACUGGGGUGAGGACAGGCUCGUGCUCGAUAUGCAAAACCGAGAUGCACACCGCCGGGUUUUCAACCGUCAUAAAAUACUCGAUAUACAACAUGGUCUGCAAAAUGGCCUCUCUGAUAGAGCUGGACCUUUCGGGGCGGAGCAUGAACAUAGACUACUUCAUUUUCCAUGCGCCGCUUCCAGAGCUGGCCACGCUGCGGCUCCAGGGAAAGCUUGUGCGCGACAUGAGUCUGCGAGACUGGCCGGGAAUCAUAAAGACGAUCCGGCAUCUUUCGCUUGGCGUGCUGGACGACUCUGAGGACGCGUCCGGGCAGAAGGCGUACAGCGAGUCCACGUUCUACACGGAGAAGAUCCUGGAGGCCACAAACCUGGAAAGCCUGUCGUUUGACUGCGAAACCACGAGGCGGAUAAAGUUCUCGCUGGGCACCAAGAAGGUGGUUUUUCCGCACUUGAGGCACUUGACGAUCAAGAACUGCGACUUGCGCCCACUCACGUUUUUCAACAAGGAAAACGCGCCUGCGCUGGACAGCCUGGAAAUAGUCAGCGUCUCCUUCACAGAGGGGUACUUCUACACAAUCAAGAAGAGGCUUGGAAACCGGCUCCGGAGCCUGCGCAUUGGGAUUGAAAAGAUGGACGCGCCCCAGGCAAUAUACGACCUGUUCACGUUCAUACGAAGCCACAAAAACAUGGAAAUCCUGCACUUGGCGGUGUGCGAAACCAUAACGGAGUCGCAGAGCUUCUACAAGUACUUCAGCGACCAGCCAGCCCUGAAGGAGCUCUAUGUGAUUGGGCAGAUGAGCGUGCAGAGGAUGAAGCGGUUCCUGUACCAGCUGGGCCGCUGCGAGACGCUUAAGUCCUUGCUUCUGGAUAUAGAAGACCCUGCGCUGGUUUUGACAUACUUCUGCCCCAUCCGCACCUUGGAGUUUUUUUCUCUUAAGGGCACGUACAGAAACCAUUCAAACUUCCACACAAAGCUCGGCACAGACGAAGAAGCAUUUGGAAAGAUUGGGGAAAUGCCUGCGCUGCAGGUUCUUGACAUGGGCCACUGCGGGCUGUCAGGGUUUCCCCCUUCGGUUUUAGCGAAAUUCUCGGACCUAAAGUACUUGUAUUUAAACAACAACAACAUGCACGACAUUCCAGACCAAACGGUUUCGUACCUGGCCUCGUUCAAGGAAAAGCCUCUUUUUGUUGACAUAUCGGACAACCCCACAGAUGUGCACAAAAUAGAGAAAACCGUUUGUAACGAGACCUGGCUGGGCGUCUCUGGCUUUGUUAUGUAUUAA